CCCACUCUAUGUUAAGAGCCAAACUGAUUAUGGACUCAUAACAACUAUUUACUCUUUUUUUUUUUCUUUUUUCUUUUUUAUAUAUAUAUAUAUACUUUUUUUUUAAUUAAAAAACUUUUAUACUAAAACUGUUUCUUGAUUCUCUUUUAUCAAUUGGGUUUAUUUUGGCUAUAUGGCCAAAGGGAGGAGGCUAACAGCCAGUCGCAGCGAGAGGCUACUAGGUAGCUAUACAUACAGUAAUGGCCACGGGCAUGACAUGCUCGGCACGGACUCGUCUGAGCUGGGAGAAGAAGACGUUUGGUCGAUGGUAGAUGACGGGGACGAUGAUGGCGACCGGAAUGACAAUCAACUCAUGAAUAAUUCACAGGGAGAUUGGAGCCCACGCGCCGAUUUUGAGAGUAUGAGGAGCCGCCGCCGAAUCCCACGUGGUGAUGACCGCCACGUGGGUGGACUGUCUUUGGCUUUUGAAGAUUCUUCUUCGGGGAAGACGGCGUCGUCGAGAAUUGUGCAUCAGUUCCGUGGGCAUCAUGACAGCGUGGCAGCACCACCAGCAGCAGCAUCUCCUCGUCACAUGGCCACAUCAGCACCUGUGAACGUGCCUGAUUGGAGCAAGAUCUUGCGAGUUGACUCAGUUGAGUCACUGCAUGAUUUGGAUGAUGGGUUUGACGAGGGUGACUCGGAGAUGGUUCCCCCACACGAGUACUUGGCGCGUGUGUAUGCUAGGAGUAGAAAAAUGGGUAAUGCUUCCGUGUUCGAGGGCGUAGGAAGGACACUUAAAGGCCGCGACUUGAGGCGUGUGAGGGACGCCGUCUGGAACCAAACUGGUUUCGAUGGAUAAUCUACAUGCAAGCCCAGCUCUUUUUUCUCUCUCUCUCUCUCCCUUAUUGCUCUUGAGAUUGGUUAUAUAAUAUAUAUUUUUUUCCUUGGGCAAUGAUUCGGCCGAGUUUACUCGGAUUUCGAAAACCGAGUCAAUUCUGCAACGAGUGAGCUCAAGCAUGAUUCUUGCUUGACGAGGUGCCUAUAUUUCUUCUCUCAAGAUUGGAAUUCGGAAUUCCUGUUCCAUGUGCUAUUCCAUUAGAUUUCUGGUAAUCUAGCCUCCAAAUUUAAACAUAAUUGUUUUUGUUCUUUAA